AUGUUGAGACAAUCUCCCCCAGCCUUGGUGAUAUCCAAGGAGGAAGAUGUCGUGUCUCAUGGUUAUGUCAUGUAUGGCCUUGUGAAACCAGGAAAGGAUGGCAAGUGUGUAGAGUCUGCUGCCGCCAUGGUCAAUGUCAUUCCCCGUAAAAGAAUAUAUCGCAUGGCGACUUUAGAUGAACUGGACACUUUUCGGUCAGAACUUCUGAAGCGCCCCCUGGUGAUUCAGCCAGUCAUAGAAGCAGGAAGUGGAAUACAGAAACUGAAUUGCUUCUUCCGUGUUCGUAAAGAAAAAUGGGUCAUGAUGCUGAAUCAGAAUCAUUCUAAGAUCAUGGGACGCAUCAUGAUGGGCAUCGACACGGCAAAGACAAUAAUGAAACGAGGAGAGCCAUUCAUCCUGGAGUUUAUGUUGAGUAAUGUUGUGAAGCGUCUUUAUUACUCGUCCAUGGCUAACAAGGCCCCCAGCAGUUUCCAGUAUAUAGACUGUCACCAUGGUGACCUCAUCAUAAGAGGCAGUGGCGACUCCUUCCAUCAAGGCAUGAAAUGGGAGGUCAAGGCACAGCACAUGCAGUUUGACUUUGAUGAUAUCACUGACAGUGACAUAAUGGUGCGGACACUUAAAGAGGCGGCAUUUGAGCGCCAGUCGCCACUUAUACAGGUCAUUCCUGAUGGAAUAUUGAGGGAGAUAUUGCCAGGAUGGACAUUUGAACAAGCAGAGGAGGAGGAGGAAGAAAUGGAGGAGGAGGAGGAAUAUGCAUUUCAACUUGAAGGUAGCCAAGGUACAUCAGUGUCAAAUAACCAACCAGCUGCCCCUCAAAGAGGCCGUGUACGGGGACGUUCAAAUCGUGGCACUGCAGCCGCCUCCAACUAUGAAGUGUCUGUAGAAUUACAUGCACCUCUUGAUGAAAAAGAGGAACCUCAGUGGAAUUCCAAUGCUGCAGCACAUCAACAACACCAAACUGACAGCAGUCAGUAUACAAACCUUACUAAUGAACGUACAAAUCAUGUCUAUGAGGACGCGAGAUUGCCCCGUAAUGUCGCUAAUCAUCAUUACCAGGGAAGUGGCCGUUCUGGUUCAUCAGCCGCCGACAGUGGCUAUGAAGGUGAAAAUGAUGCUGGAGGAUUUGAAGAUAGGAAAUAUGGUCGACUUUUACAGGGCAAAGGUAAUAAUGAUUACAGACAAGGCAGAGAUUAUACUGCUAAUGGUCAAAUUAGGGGAUACACUGAUAAUGGACAGCGUGGAGGUUAUCCUAACAGUGUACAAAAUAGUGGUAACCCUGACAACAGACAGGACAGUGGUUUCCCAGACAAUAGACAGUACCCUGCUUAUGGACAGAACAGAAGUUACCCUGACAACAGGCAGGCCAGUGGUAACUCUGACAGGAACAAGUUGUUGUCUAAUGAUAGGUAUAACUAUGACAACCCUGCCUUCACGAACAAUGACAAUUAUAGCAUUGUGGAACAGUCGGUUGAGCAUAACAAAGCCGCAGCAGCUCGUAUGCUGGGUAACCAUGCGAGGGGCCCCACUGACCACCGGCACCGCACAGGGUACCUUCCUCCCUCUAAUAUGCCAACCAUCAGUCAGAGUAUCGACACCCAGGAUGGACACAUGGGAGAGAGUGCCAUCUAG